AAAGAGAGAGAGAGGGGAGGUACCAUUGGAAUAUUUUUAGGAAGAGUAACAAUAAUAUAAUGGAAGAAAUGAAAAAGGAUGAUAAUCUAAAGCUUGUACAAGAAAGAAUUGAGCGUGAUCCCACUGCUCACAGGAUCCUAUUGUCGAAGGCACAAGAAUCUGAACUCCAAUGUGAACAUGCUACAUUGCAAACUAAGGUUGAUGAGUUUGACCAACUACUGCAAAGAGGCAAAGAGGGAAACCUUUUGGACCAUACUUUUAGGGAUUCCACUGAGAAGCUUCAUUCUGCAAAGAGGGAACUUGCAGCUAAGCUGCGGUCAACUCUGUCACUAAAACGGCUACUCGAGUAUGUGCCAUCACAAGCUGAACUCAUUCAGUAUGAACUCCGUUUUUCAGAACUUUAUACUCAUAUCAAAGCCAAGCAUCGUCAAACCCACAAAGACUAUGCUACUUACAACAUAUUGUUGGAGAUAAAAGAAUUGAUGCUAAAGGAAACAUCGCUACUGAAUUCCAUAAGCUCACAGUUCUUCCUUACAUACUAA